UAUAUUUAGUCAUAGAAAUAUAUAUCUAAUAUUUAGACCUAAGAUAAUUCAGUGUUGUUUUUUUUUUAAUAAAUAAAUAUUCAACAAUGAAUAAGAUUUAUAAUAUUAUUGCAAGACGAUUGAUCUUUCAAACCACUCGUUUGCUUUAUUCUGGUCAUUAUCAAAUAAGACUUUAUUGUCAUGUCAAUCGUGAUAUUUGGAUGAAUAAUAUUAUACAGGAUGGUCUUAAUUUAUCUAUAAUAAAAAGAUUUAAACACAAAAGGAAAGAUUCGGUAAAGAAAGUACAAGAGGAUGAUUUUGAGUCGGAUGAGGAAGAUGAAACAGAUAUUGAACUAGACGAAUCACAGAAUAAAAGUAUAAUAACAAAUAUUAAAGUUAAUUCUUUACGUGUAGAUUCUAUAAUUAAAAAUGCAAUUGGUACAUCACGCAAAAAUAUAGAGACUGCAUUUUAUGAGAGUAAAAUUCGUAUUAAUGAGAAAAAAGUGCUGAAAAUGUCUACAGAGAUUAAACUUAACGAUGAAAUUGAUGUUAUCCGUGAUCGACCUAACAAAAAUGUAAAUCAGCUUAUAAUUUCACGAAUUAAAAUUUUAUCAAUUACUCCAAUAUCGGGUGCUCUUAGGAUUAAAAUAUCUAAAGAUAAAAAUUUAUUAAUCGAUGACUAUACAGAAUCGUAGAAAAAUUAAAUUGGCCUUAAUCAAUUGAAAAUUUAUAUCCCUUUUGAUGAUAAAUCUUUCAAAUCAUCAAUAAUAUCUUGAAUAUUUGAAAAGGAUUGGAUACGAUCGAAAACAUACUUUUUAUCAACAAUAUCUAAAUAUGGUAAGAAUGCAAUCGCUAAAUGUGGCUGUUGACAUUGAAAACAAUAAUUUAAAAUAUCAUUGAAUUUUAAUUCGUAUGUAAUAGGACACGAAUAUAAAAGACAGAAGGCCAUUAUACAAGUAUCUAUUUGUUCCAAUGAUGGUGUUAUAUCCAUUUUACUAAAUGGUUCUGCUAUAACAAUUUGCCAAGCUAAUUUAUAUCCUUUGCAUGUUGUAACAAUGCUCAUAUUACGUAUCCGUGGUAAAAUUUCCAUUAAUUCAUUUAUCUUAACAGAGACGACAUUUUUGAUAAAAAAAAAUAUAUUAUUAUAAAAUCAAAUAAUAUAAUUAUUUUAUGUGAUAUUCCUUACCAUAAGUAAUGUAGCCAUUUGUGUCAGGCAUUUGUCCCAAAUGUUAUAAUCAUUUAUAUCGUAAUCCGUACAAAUUUCAAUAAUUAAAAUUAAAGCUUGUCGUGAAUAAUAUUGAGUAUUCAAUAACAUUUGUACAAGUUCAUUUUUAGAACUCGUUUCAAAUGUAAUUAUAUUAUAUCCCAAUCCUAAAGCUUCCAAUUUACUUAAAUAUUUUAAAGUUUUUGUAUAUUGCCUGUAAAUAUAUGAAAUUGUUAGAUUAUAAUAUGUUAAAAAAAUAUAAACAUUAAAAUUAUAUGUGUACAAUUAAUUUAUACCUAACAGUAAUUAUUUCCCGUUUAAUUAACUGCUGUAAAGUUGUCGGAUCUAUAAUAGAUUGCAGAACGUCUAAUGCUCUAUAUCGCAUUUCAUAGCUAUAAUCGUUUUCAUUACUUUCACCAAAACCUAUGUCUAUUAGAAGAUGUACUGAUAAAUUUACAUCUCCAUGCUGAAGCAUAUAACAAGCUCUGCAAAAAAAAAAAAGAAAAAA